AUGGUCGAAAAGGCUUUAGUGCUCUGGAGGGAAUGCCUCCUGGUGGGCCUGGUAGGUCAGGUACCAAAAGUACAGACAAAGGCCAUGUGCCCACCGACGACCCCCCUCGACAUUCCAGAUGAUAUCUGCCGAUGGAUCCACUUCAGAGUGCGUGCGACCAAGGAUCCAUCCUCCAAUGUUCACGUUGCAUAUACUCCACCAAGCCAGUCGCACGGACUCAUGCACUGUGAUAUCAUGGGAGCCGCUGGUGAAGCCCGGCUGCAGCGCCAGGUGAGAUGGAUGGAAUCAACCGCACCUAGUCGCUUGACUAGCUCCGGCGCUGCUGCCGGAGUAGGCAAAGGAAGUCAAGCACGAACGAUCGAUGGGCACAUCCGUACAUCCGCAUAUCAGCAAUCUGAGGGCCAGAGUCCCCGGAGCCAAAUCAGAAUCAGCAGAAACCCCAACGACGUAACGGACACGUAUUACUCCGUACUAUUCACAGAAAUGACAUCAGAGGCUGACAAUUGCCGCCAAUGA